AUGGCGUUCAUAUUUCUACAACUUUUGGUGUUGGGUGUGAUCGCGGCGGCGGCCGGCGAUGAAAAAAUAACGUGGUUGACGCCACCACGCGGGGUGGUGCCGUGCGUGGUGGCGGACGAAGGGAGGGUGCAGCGCAGGCCUCCCCCUCCCCUAAACGCUGACGACCAGCCCCGGAGCAGAGGUCCCAGGAGUUUUGGCGGUGAGAACAGCGCGGAGGUGGUGCGCAAGAGAAACGGCACGGAAGGAGUCUACCAAUGCUCGGUACAGCGCCGCAGUGGCGUCGUGCUGGGAUACUCGGUCCACUGGAAGUUCGCAUUUAUAGACAAGCAGUUCACGCUGCACCCAGAGAACAGCACAGCGCGGGCUGGCUCGCCUCACGUGAUCACCUGUGACAUCGCGUCCGGCCCCAUUGCUGCAGUCUCCUGGCUGCGCAACGGACAGACCCUGCCUAGAAAUGAAAGAUACGUUUUCCUGGACACACAACUAGUUUUUACAGAUGUCAGAAAAGAAGAUGCUGGUGUUUAUAAAUGUGUAGCGACAAACACGUACCUGAACAAGACCCGCUCCAGCCGCAGCGGGUGGCUGGAAGUCCUCGACCCCCAAGACACGGAGCCGGCGAUCCUACCCCUGGAGGACCAAGUCAACAUCACCGCGCCGAGGUUCGCCAGGGUACAGCUGUUGUGCCCCGUGCUCGGAUGGCCGAGGCCUAAAAUAACUUGGGAGUUCACGUCUCCUGGAAGCAGGACGGCGAUCUUGGAGUCCACUGACGAAGUGCUGGUAUUGAUCAGCUUGGAAUUUGAUCUGGAGGGGGUUUACCGGUGCAUCGUCGAUGGUCACAGCCAUCUGUCUAAAGUAUUCUCCGUAUUGGUAACGGAGCCAAUCAGCAUCAUUCUCCCGCCCGUCUCCAAGGAAGUGAUCCGCGCGAGCACUGUUCGCUUCAAUUGUUCUGCUUCGGGAAGACCAGCUCCAACCAUCACCUGGUAUAAAGACGGAAGGUUGCUGCAGCUGGGAGGGAGGUUCAAUAUGCGAUCCUCGACUUCUGGCAACCGCUAUCAGUUGGUAGUAGGUGGAGUUACAUCAGCAGAUGCAGGUGUCUACCAAUGCUUCGCAAGCAAUGCCGUCUCGACGGUAUCGUCUUGGGCGGCACUGGCCGUUACCGGUGCUAGAGCCGCCGCCCCGCCCCGCGCCCGCUGCUGGCCAAUGGGGGGCGCCGUGCUGCUGCGGUGGGAGGAGCCCCGCGCCAAUGUCAUGGCAUACAUGGUGCAUACUACCCUGCCAGGUUAUCCCGGAAGUCCUCACAACAGAACAGAAGAGACCAUCCCAGUUACGGAACCGCUGAAAACUUAUUCCUUCCAGGUCCGAGCUUUCAUUCAAGGAACAGAAAAGAAUGUGGCGACAGACAUGUCGGAUGCUGUGAGUUGUCAGGGUCAAGGAGUGCCAGUAAGGAUAUUGAAGCAGAGUGAAGAAAGCAUCAUGGUUUCUUGGAAGGAGUUCGUUGAAAAGACGCCAGGCGUAGCACAGUGGAUCUUACAGUACAGACCGGUCAAUUCUACCAAUGAACAUAACAUCACUUUACCAGGGCGAGCGUACAACUAUACUUUACAUGUGACUGCAGAAGAGCCUAUUGAAAUACGUCUCUUGGGAUCAAUGAGUGAAGAUUGGCUGCCGAUGAACCUGACAUUCCUGCCGUGGAUCCCCACCAAAGGACAGGACGACGCUGGCAAAGCAAGUGCAAUUCCAGUGGAUGUGCGAGUAUCACAAAUAAAGCAGAGGGAGUUCACCGUCAGAUGGCAUUACGAAGGACCGGAGACUACUUUUAUUGUGUGUGUCAAAAAGUUUGAUGGUGCCAGCAAGUGCAUAGAAAGUGUCAACACCACAAUGACAGUGGAUGAGCUGGAACCCGACACGAAGUACUUAGUGGAUGUGGCGGCGAAGACAGCAGGAUCUAAACCUGGUCCUUCGAGUACAUCUAUAGCUGUUACUACACCCAUUGAUGGUCCAGAUUUCUUCAAAGACCUGACAUGGAAGCUUUUGAACGCCACCACGGUGCGAGUGUCUUGGAACGCGCCGCCUGCCAAGUACACCGUGUUGUAUAGCUCCAAGUUGGAUGUGCCCGUGGAACUGUGGGACUCUGUUGCUACUGAUGAGAACACGGCAUUGAUACACGGCAUCGACACGACGAAGGACACUUAUGUAAUGGUGACAGGCUACGAUCCUCUCGUGUACAGUACAGUCAAGACAAUAUCAGCACAAACACCAGAGUCGGAAGUGGUGUGGUGGUGGACGCGCAGCGGCGUGGGCGUGCGGUGGUCUGGCGCGGGGCGCGUGCUGCGCUACUCGCAGAACCUGACGCGCUCCCUCGACGCGUGGCCCACCGUGCGGGUGCGCGGGCACACGCUGGAGUUGACGGACUUGGACCCAUCUCUGCCCACAUACGUGAUGGUGGCGACGCUGAGCGGCAAGAACGAGGUGUUCAACAUCCCGGUGCGGCCUAAAGAUACCUCCUCCUCGCUCUAUGUCGGUCUGGGAAUCGGUGCAGGCGUUGUUAUCGCAUGCGCGUUGGCUGUGGUGGCAGUCUGUAUAUGGCGUAGAAGGAAAAGGACUGGUUCGCCGCAUCGUUCACGACGAAGAAACAUUACAUCAAAUGAGGAUGAGGACGAAGAGGCCGCAGAAAUGAAGACAGUGGGCGGCCGGCUGGCUAACGGCGGCGGCUCCAAGGAUGCCGGCGAGCCGCUGCUCAACGGACACGUGCAUAUUACUGAGAAUCCGCAAUCCAAAACACCCAACGGUAAGAUGAAGAAAGGCGUCAUCCCUUUCGACCUAUCCCGGUACGAGGAUCCAGACACCACCCUGGAAACAGUUCUGGACGACAGAUCCGUCUCCUACGACCUCCUGGACACAUCCCGGCGCCCCGAAUCCGAGGACCAACUGCCCGGGAACAACUCAUUCCCCAAACUCCCAGACGACAAUAUGAACUCUGAGCUCAACCGAAGCGCGUUCCAUUUAGACAACAGCAAAAUUCAACCCACGCUUCAACCCAACGGUUGAACACCAAACAUUAUGAAUUGUAGAACUACAAUAGGGGUAGGCGACCCCCAUCGCCUAAGCGGGAUGCUAGAGAUUUGUACAGAACUCACGAGGCUCCGAGCCGACGAGGGUAGCUUGGCGUGUUUCGUUCCUAAUAGACUUUUAUUUUAAUACACUUAAGGCUGAUAUUUCAUUGUUUAAUUCAACAUACGGGUUUAUUUAAGGUGGAGCUGGGCCGAAACAUACCUACCUACUAGUUUUUUCCUCUAUUUCCUGCGCACGUCAAGUUAUUCUUGUUCGCUACGCACUUGCAAUAGUUUAUAGUGAACCAUUUUCGUGUUGUUACUCUGUAUAAUGUAAAUAUAAAAAUUCGCGAUGCCCGUUUAGGUAUAUAUAGGUUGUAUAUAGGAGUUUCGCGGCCUCUGGUUAUGUGCCGGGACAAUAAUUAGCGGGCGGCGUGUUAAAACUCAAACUUUAUACGGUACGUCGAAAACGGGAUUGUAUUGUAUAUAUUUUAUACUAUACAUAUACAUGUUGUUGUAUACAGUGCCUCCUUUAAAAAAAAACACCCUGUGAAUGAGAGUUACAAAUAGAUACACGAUUAGUGUUACAUGAACGUACAAAAUGUAGACCAAAAGAGAUCCAAACAUACGUUUAUGAUUACCUAAAUAUCACAUAUUAAAUAACACGAAAUAUAUAUACAUGUUGAGGGAAAAAAGAACAUUUUAUACACUGAUUAUUUAUAUUUUUAAACUUUUUAUUUAAUUACUUCGCUGAGUUUUGAAGCCUCAGAUGCUAUUAUUGGUUACCUUCACAAUUUACAUUCCAGCCUUUUUUGUUUAUUUAAUAUAAUGAAUGCAUCACAAUUAUUUAAAUUAUAUCUUUAUAUUUAUGUUAGUUUUUGGAAACUGAUCUAUUGAAAGAUUGUAUAAUAUUUUUAGUUCAGAUUUUUUACAAAGAUGUCGAUUUUAGUGAUCACCCACCACCCUUUCAAAAAAUAAGUUGCAAUAUUUAUUUGCAAAGCUAAUUCGGACAAUUAUCUAAAAUUUAUAAUGUCACUCUUUUAUUCAUAAUGUGAAAUUUUAACCCGUUUUUUUUUGAUUUAAACUCCAUUUUUGAAUAUUUACAAUAGAUUUUUCAACGCACAUUUUUUUUUCAUAUACAUAGGUAUAUUAAUGUUAUAGCUUCCUUUUUAGCGGUUAUUUUUUACACUUCGAAACAUUACACACAUCUUUAGAUACUUAAAACCUAAGAGAAAAGUAGAUAGUAAAUGUAAGUGUAAAAAUAAUUAAAAUAUACAAAAAAAAAAAAUAAGAAUAAAUAAUUUAUUACAACGAACUACUGGUAUUGUGUAAGGAAACAAAAAAAAAUAUAUAAAUAUUAUAUAUACAUAAUGAAGUUUAUGAAAUGAAAACGUGUUAUCGUUAUUGAAGAGUAAUAACUGGGCGUUAUUUAAAAUAAUAUUAAAACAUUUCUUUGGUAUAUUUUCAUUUCCAUCGGCUCGUCUUCAAUAUUUGUAAUGUCCGUUCGGUUACUUUAAUUAAUUGUAAUAUCGAGUUAGUUGUUCGUUAUUCCAUAUCACAAUUUAUAUCUACCUCAUAACUAUACUUUGUAAGAUUCUUUUUAGAUGUUAAAAUUUGAAUGUUGAAGCAAUUAAGUUUUUUUCUAUAAUUUUUUACCCAUCGACAUACGGUUCUAGGUAUUGUCAGCUACGACGGCACUUACUGGUUAGUUAGUAGUCUUAUUUUUUUAUUUAUUUAAUAUUAGAGCCUUAAGCUAUUAUAACUAUAACUUCCAGCAUUUCCAGAUCGGUGUUAAUUUUUUUUUUGUAGUAUCAAUAACGGAGUAGUCACUUGAAAGCGAAUAAUUGUCUUAAUAGAGCAUUUCAAUGCAUUAAUAAAUCAAAUGUUUUUAUGAAUAUCAAUAUUAAAAUAUAUUAUUUCAACAGAAAAUAAUUUGGAUCUUAUAUAUGUAUAUAAAAAACAAUCACCUCUCUAAUGAAAUUGUCGUUUUAAAUAAUUUUAUUAUUAUAUUUUUAAUAUUGGCGCUGUCUUGCAACCGCUGAAAUACUAGAUGUAAUUCGAGAUCUCGGCAGCAUAGUUGGCCAGUGCUACUGGAUAGUGGAGGCAUCAUCCAAAUUCAAAUCUCUUCUGAUGCCUGGACCGUUUGGUUAUUUUUCUACAAAAUUGUUCUUUGGAUUUAUUAUUUUAUAAUAUUUAUACGAAAUAAAAAUAAAUGUUAUCAAUAAUAAUCUACCCAUUGAUACUUAUUUAUAAAACUGUUUAUAAUUAUUUUACAUUCUAUUUUCAUUUUAUCAUUUUGUGCUGGUAGUUAAACUAUAAUUAAAACAGUACAAAAUAAAAUACUUUUUUUCAAUUUAUAUUGAUUUGAGUUGUUUUUUUAUCAUUUAAUAGAUUGGCAUACUAUAUCAAAGGAAAAAAAUAUAUUUGGCAGUUUUGAUUUCAAAAAUCUCAGUUUUCUUUUGUGUGAACUGAAUGCCUAGCGGCAAUUUCAUAGGAGAGUAAGACCAUAAUAUUUUAAAUUUAAUAAAAACCUAAUCCGCCUAACUGUAUAUUAAUACUACAAAAAACACGUGUUAACACUUUAAACACAUUUCGCUAACAAAAUAAGGAUGUUUAUUAGAGAAAAUCUAAAAAUAAUCAACAGCAAUUUCUAAGCAUCCUUAACAAUUAAAAUUUCAUUAAAUAUAAAUAUUGCACCUAGGUACAAUUUAUUAUAAUUAAGUUUAAUGAAUGGCGUAAUAUUUUAGGGAUAGUCGAAGAAUGUCUUACUACACCGUACAAAUUCACCAUGAAAUUUGACAAUGAACGCAUACAAACAAAUGGAUACCUAACAUUUUUUAAAUUUCUCAAAGCAAGUAUUGUAAAUAUUAUUAAUAAAUAACAUAACAAAAAAAAAGAAAUCAGUUUAAAUUUUAAAUUGGAUAAGUGAGUAAAGAAUUAAAUGAAGUAAAAGAAAACGCCGACUAUGUACCUGAAACUUCAAUUACACUAAGCAAGUUAGACUUAGGUGUGUAGAUUUAGAACUUAAAAAAAAUCUACUAUAGGUUUUUUCACAGGGUCUCCAGUUUUUGAUUCUUAAAUCAGUGUUUUCACAGAUGAUUAUUAACAAAUGUUCACUGUCAUGUUUCUGUUCGAUUUUAAAGAGUUGUGCGGCGUGUGAGAAUUUUGCUGUUGAAAUUAUUGCAUUGGACUUUUAACAGGUUGAUUAUAUUAUCCAGAUUUAUAAGGACUAACUUAAGCCAAAUAUGAAAUAUACUAUGAUUUCUCGUUUUAGUACCUUAGAAUGUUAUGUGAAAUAUGCAUCCGUUUCAUUGAUGAAUGCGCUGCAAAUGUCCUCGUAUAAUAUUCCUUGCGAAUGAAUGGAAAAUAAUUAUAUUACCAUUGUGUUUAGCGUCAACAUUGAAAUGGGUGCAUGCGAUGUUAAGAAAUCAAAUGUUCAAAUACUGUAGUUUGUUAGAAUUGUACCGUAAGUAAUAAUAUUUGACAUUAUAUAGAUGCAUUAUAUACAAUUUUUAUAAUACGAACCCAUUAAUUUAAAUGCAAAGUUCACUCGAGGUUGUGUUUAUGUUGAUAAUUUUGAUACAGUUUUGCUUAUAAAUAUUGAACAAAAUACGUUUAGAUGACAUCAAAAUUCACGAUUUCCAUAUGACUCUUGUUUACUUGUGUUGUACUACGGUACCCUUAGCACAAACCAAUAUCGAAUUCGUAACGUUUUCGAGUACGAAAUGUCAUUGUCAAAUGUGUA